AGAGCGGGAAGAGGCGGCGCCGCCGCUGCAGCAGGGCGGGGAGAGGCGCCGCAGUGUGGGGUCGGGGCCGGGCGAGUUGCUACGGGACCGCCGGCUCGCGGCUUGGCUCGGCUCGGCUCGGGGCGGGGCCGGGGCAUGAGCCGCCGCCGCCGGGGCCGAGGGCCGGGCUGAGCGGGUGCAGCAGGAUGGAGGCCGGGGACGCGCUGUACGAGGAGGAGGAGGAGGCGCCGCCGGGCUACGACUUCGAGCCGCUGCCCGCGCUGCUGGAGGACGAGGAGAAUGUGUCCCUUGCUGAUAUUUUGUCACUGCGGGAUAGCUGUCUUACUGAGCAAGAUAUCUGGGCAAUUUGCCUGGAGUGUAGCCAUUCUCUGAAGAGUGUCGCCCAUUCUGCAAUCUUCCAGACACUCUGCAUUACUCCUGACACUUUGGCUUUUAACACCAAUGGCAAUGUAUGCUUCAUGGAACAACUCAGUGAUGAUCCAGAAGGUGCUUUUGUACCACCUGAAUUUGAUAUCACUGGAAACACCUUUGAGGCACAUAUCUAUUCUUUGGGCACAACACUGAAAGCAGCAAUUGAGUAUGUGAUUGAGCCUGGGACAGAAUCAGAUUUUGGCAAGGAUCUGCAGACUCUACUGGAACAAAUGCAAGAAGAGAAUCCUGAAGACAGACCAGAUAUUGAGAGUAUCAUAUCGUUAUGUGAAGAAAAAUUAAAGCUUGCUUCCUCAUGUAAUAUUUGUCGAAGUCUAUCUGCCAUUGGAAGAAGGGUACUUUCAAUUGAAUCAUUUGGUGCUUCCCAAGAUGGCUGUGAUAACAUGUGGAAGGGAAAAGUGUAUCAGAGAAGUUUGGGAUCUAAAUUGUAUUCAGAUGAAAAAAACAGUAUAGCAGGUGAUUCAUAUACUGUGGAAGAUGUGACAGCUAGCUGUUGCAGAAAUGCUUCUAUAGAAAAUGUGAGUGACCAAGAAGAUGGUUCAAAGGUAAUACAUUUGGAUCUGAAUAAUGAAAAAUCUCAACAUUCAAAAACAGCUACUCAAGUUAAAAAGAGCAAAGAAGACGACAAGUAUGUAAUAUAUGAAGAGAGUUUUGCUGAUAUCAUUUUGGACACACAACCAUGCACUAUUGACAUGGAGAGAGAUGUUUUUAAGAAAAGUUGUUUGAGAAAAAUGAAAACCUUUCCAAAGCUACCACUCAAUGCUACAGACGCAAAUAACUUUUUCACGUCCAUAACAAACAAUGGACCAGUAGCUAAGAAAAAUCAGUCAUUAGCACAAGAAUCUCUAUUUGUAGACAAUAAUAAUGAGGUUGCUCCUUUAGAAGGAAAACUUACUCAAUUUAAUACUAAUAAUCUUCCAAGAAUUAAGCCAAAGAACUACCAAGUUACCGAUCUUCCAUUAGAGGCAUCUUGUAUAUGUACACAGGUCUCUGGCAUGAACCUAGAAGAACACACGCCAUUCCUUAACAGUAAAAAGAAAACUUUUCUUUCAUCCAGUCAUACUUUAGAAUUUUCCUAUGCUACCUCUGAAACUCCAAAUACUCCUGGUACACUAAAAAGCCCAGAUCAAUCAGCUGCUGGAGCAAAAACAGACAACUAUAUGGCUCUGGAGGACUGUACUGAAACUUCUCAAGGGUCAAAUCAAAAUUAUUUAUCACAUUUUAACAAGAUGGAUUCAGUGUUAGCAACAAAUCCCAGUGGGAACGGAUAUGGAUCAAGCCUAAUUAGUUCUCCAGUAAUAAGCAACGGUAUGAUGAGCGCAAACAAUAAUGAAGAUAAUCUUUGUGGAGGCAGUGUGUCAGAAAUCAAAAGUAAUGAGCAGUGGCUCUCUCUGAAACUACUCUUGUCUUGGCAUGGUAAGCCAUUGAAAGACUAUGAACUCUGGGCAUUAUGCCAUGAAUGCUUGCUUGCGCUCCAGACUUGCACUGAUUACCCAGCGUGUUUAUGUUUGGACUCGGUACUUAUUGACUGCCAUGGAAACAUUCUUUUUGCACCUCCAAAAGAUGAAGGAUCUUAUGACACAUUUUAUUUGGCUCCUGAAAUUGAUGAAGAGGAUAUUGUUACUGAGAAGGUCUGUAUUUAUGGCACUGCUGCAGUUUUAUGGAUGGCAGCCAAGUGCAGUUUUCCACCUGAUCACAAACUAGCGUUGCCAAGGAAACUAAAGAAUCUUCUUCUGGAUAUGGCAAAAAAAAACCCUGAAGAAAGACCUUCCUUAGCUGAUGCAAUUAAGACAUCCAGUAGUUAUCUGUGUGAAAGAGGGAUAAACAGCAAAAAGGUUCUGGCUUUGUUGAGUAAAUCUGUCUUUAAGGCUUUCAAGGAAGAAGUAAACUCUUUUCAAGAGUUUGUUCCUUUUGAGUUGAAAAAUAAAAGAAACAGAAUGGAUACUUCAGAAUCAUUUCUAGGAUUUGUGCCUAUUACCAGGGAAAGUAAGCUCAUAGCAGUUAAAGGACCAGUGCCUUGUCAGAUUUCUUUGAACAGUGAAACGACUACAUUACCUGUUGCAUUCACCUCUUCUGCAACUCACUUUAAGCCUAUUAUUUUGCAGCAAAAUACAGAUAUAACAAAAGAGACACCUGCAUCCACUUCUGAGGAACUUGAGAAGGAAGUAAAAGAAGAAAUGCAGAUAGACACCAACAAAUCAGUAUUUGUAGAUGGUAUUGGAAACAAUGUUACGGAGGCUGCAUUUGUUGCUGCUCUUCCUGAAAUACCUGAGCCUGAUUUAGAAAUACUAAGCAGUUCAUCCCAGAUACUUUCAAAGAAGCAAAAUCCAAACAACAAUAGUACUUCCACCAUUAAAUUGCCAUUACCAUCUGGUUCCUCAUGCAGUCUGCAAGAAAACAACACUUUAUCUGCAGUUUCUUCAAGCUCCUUAGCUUGUUCUACACCAUCUAACACUCCUUGUAAAAAUAAAUUUCUGGUCGAGCAGGGCUUUGAGACAAGAGUGUUAACACUUGUACCAGUGCAUCUAGCAGUAUCAGAACAAAUACCAAAUAAACCUCUUCAAUCAAAAAUUGCUUAUGAUUGCUAUCAUAGUUUGCCUGUGCUUCUUUCAAGUACUGUUGCACAUUAUAAAACUGACAUAAACCUAGAAAAAAAUUCCUCCCUUUAUAAACCACAAAACUGUGAACCAUCUAAUUUACAGAACAAGCAUGAAAAAAUGAAAGCUAAUAUCAAUGGUUUAUCAUUGCCUACAACUAAUCAAAUUAUUGAAGCCAGCUGUCAAGAACAUAAGGAAUAUAAUACCAAUGUAGAGAACAGUUCCUCUUUACCAGGACACAUGUCAUGUGCAUCAGUGAAUCAAAAUUCAACUUGUCUCUUUGAUGUAGAAGUUUUAUCCCUGCAGAAUAAGACAGAGAAUACUUUAUUACAGAAAGCAGUACAUCUUAUACAAGAAGAGUUUGCAUUUGAUGGUUAUCUGGAGAAUGGGGCUGAAGUUUUUGCUAUGGGUAACUAUAUUUUAACCUUAAAGGAUCUUAAGUUUGAAAUUUUCUGUGAUGCAAUCUCUGAGAAGUUUUGUGACCUGUAUUGGGAUGAAAAAUUACUGGAGAAUCUUUACAAGGCUGUACAUGGAAAAACUACCCCACCCUUAAGCACAACUGAAACAGAUUAUUCAAAAUGUGGCCACAUGUUCCAGCACUUGAAGACAGACAGUUUUUUGGCUAGUAGCAGACAGACAAAGGGAAAAGAAAAACAGGUGGCCUUUGACACUGAGAUAGUGACUGUUACAAAUAUAUCACCUGCUGAAAUGGACUUGGAUGAGCUUUCACCAGAUAAUUUUGAGAAGGAACCCAAGCUGAAGAAGGUUAUAUUAAAAAUAGGAACAGAGGGAGAAUGUUUACAAAGCAAUGGUCAUUCUCUCAGUCCAGAUUUGGCAGAAGAGAAUAUAGAGCAAGAGGAGGAGACUACAAUAAAGGCAGCUGAAAAUACCUACCCUAUUCCUCCCAACCUAACUGACUUUAAUAGCUGGAACCCUGGUUGGAGCAGUGCAUUUUAUGGAGCUGAAUGUUAUAAUUCAGAAGUUUACAAUUAUGUGAAAAAACUUGGAAAACAGAAAGUAAAUGACUCUCAAAAUAUAGAAGCUAAAAAAGUGGAACUUGAACAGCUACUAAUGAUUGAGACCAAAAAUUAUAGGAAGACUAUACAAUUCUACCAGAAGCUUUUGCAGAAAGAGAGAAGAAACAAAGAUUCAGAAAUUAAAACAAAAUUGCUCAAACUGAAGGGAGAACUACAGGAAAUGAAAUCAAAGGUUCAGUUUCUUGAAACAGUGAAGAAAUACCUACAGAUUAUGUGUGCAGAGCAAUGGGGAAUGGAAUCAUGUGACCUUACUACAGUAAUUAAUAUCAGGAGAACUGAAAUGAUGGAUGUGACCCCUUUGAAUGAGGAGUCCUUGCUUAUUUUCUACAAUAUGCAGAAAAACCAAUAUAAUAAUCAAAACCAAUCAAGAAUUCUACAAGCUGGGACACCUCUUGGGUUAAUGGCAUAUCUAUACUCCAGAAAUGCAAUUUUAGAAGGUUAUGUACAGCAAUUCCUCUACACAUUUCGUUAUUUCUGCACACAAGAAGAAUUUUUGCAGUUUCUUCUUGAUAGAAUCAGCAGCACUUUAUCCAGUGCAUACCUGGAUCCGUCCUCUCCACUUACCAAAAUAUACAACCGCAGUUGCUACAUCCUGCGGGCAUGGAUUGCAGACUGUUACAGGAUAGACUUUGCAACAAAUACUAAUCUUCUGUGUAAAUUAAAAGAUUUUAUUACUUCCAAGAUUACCCCAUUAAAUAGCUAUGGUGAAUGCUUGUUGUCUUUGCUUGAAGAUGCGACUGGCAAGAAACAUGGAAACGCUUUCAGCUGCUACAACAUGGACAAAUGUAAAGGGGAGGAAGAUGAUGAUAGAAAAUCUUUACAUUCGUUGUGCAAAAAGCUCUCGGAAGAUGUCUCCAGGAAGAGCUUUAACUGGAAACUCUCCAAAGGAAAUGGGCCUGCUGUACGUCAUCAGAGAGAGAGACCAUACACUAUAUCAUCUGCCUUACCAAAGCCAUGCUAUAACAGUUUUACAGAAGAAUUCUCAAGUACCUAUGCAAAAGCUUAUGACAGAGGACUGUAUCUCUUAGCAGAAUAUAGUGCACAACAGCUUUGCUGUCAACUGACAUUGUUGCAACAGGAAAUGUUCCACAAAUGUCAUCCUGUGCACUUUCUGAAUUCAAGAGCACUUGGUGUAAAAGACAAAUGUGUCUCUGUACAGAAAGUUGUUUCCACUGAGUCAGUUUCACAUAACAUUUAUAAUCUCUUUCUGGCAAAUUGCAUUCAAGACAAGUACCUCUUACAGCUUCUAAGAAAUUCGGACAAUAUCAGCACCUGGGUUGCUGCUGAAAUUGUAACCUGUCAUACUUCCAAGUUGCAGAUGAAUUUACUCUCAAAAUUUCUCCUUAUAGCAAAAUCUUGCUAUGAACAAAGAAAUUUUGCUACUGCAAUGCAAAUCUUAGUAGGCUUGGAAAAUCUAAUGGUUCGACAGUUACCAGCUUGGAAAAUUUUACCUUCAAAAAUAUCUGAAAUAAUGGAAGAACUCAAGGCUGUUGAGGUGUUCUUAAAAAGUGACAGCUUGUGUCUGAUGGAAGGAGAGAGAUUCAAAACACUCCCAACAAUUCCAUCAGCUCGUGUUCUGGCGAUGCAUGUCCAGCAGCUUGAAACUGGAGGAUUCAUUAUGGCAAAUGGAUCUCAGAAGUGGACUAAACUUAGAAAUAUUGCAAAAGUUGUGAGCCAGGUUCAUGCAUUUCAAGAAAAUCCCUAUACAUUUACAUCGGAUCUCAAACUCCAGGCUUACCUCAGAAAAAGAAUAGAUCAUUUCAGUGAUGCAGACAUUUCUACACUAGCAGCUGACAACUGUGCCAACUUUCAUCAGAUACCAGCUGACAAACAUUCUCGAAAAAUUCAGGACACAUUGCGCAGAAUGAAGGCAACAUUUCAGUAGUUGUUUACAUUUUAUGGGCUUGUUUAACUCCAGACUACAAAACUGUGGAUCAAAUGGACUUCAACUGCUGGACCAAUUCCCAAUCAAAUACUCAAGAGAAAUUAGGUUUAGUUUCAAAAUAUUAGCUUGAUCUGAAAUAGAUAUAUAUUUUUAUGAGAGAACGAUAAAAUGCAAGAUAAUUAGAUUAUCCUGUAUCUAGGUGGAGCCAGAUCUAAGCAGCGUGGGGAAAUAAGGUGACUAUUUUAUCCAUGUAUUUAGCAAGAAAACAAUAGUCCACAGAAAAGAAGUAUUGUGUAAAUAAGCUAACAUUGCAAUUUUCAAUACUGUCUUAGGCUUGGAGAAUUCAGUCUACUUCAUAAAUCACUGAAUAUAUUUUUAUAUAAGCACUGAACAUUUGUAUCCAGUCAAAGUAAGUGUAAUCUUUAGGGACACAGAUCCUGUGCCAUCCUUACAUAUUUGUUGGGUUUUGCUUUUAUUUUGGUUUUAAUUUACAAAUAUAAAAGCUACUCUUGAACAGAGUCAUGAGGCAUCCCCUCAUUCAGAUGGAAUAGAUAAGGAGGCAAACACUACACCACAUGUGUGUUUCGCUUUUUAAUGUUCUUGAGCCAACUUUCCCCGCACAAAACUGAAAUCUGAAUCAAUACUUUACCACUGUGUUGCCCUGUUCCUGUCUUCAUGGCCUUACGAAAAGCAUAAUUUUGAAGGCUAGCUUGCUUGCGUUGUCUCUAGCUGGUACAAGUAUCAUCCUGUACAAUCUGUCUGUUUGAAUGAGUGUAAUAAUGGCUUCUGCUUUGAGGUUACUUUUCUAGUUUGUAAUGUUCAACAGCAUUGUAAUACAAAAUAAUAUUAUAUCAAUUUUGAAGUUGUAUCCUGCCAAAAUUUGGUGUUACAAUAUUUGUAGAGGAAACUGCGCUUACAAAACAACAUGACUAGCUAUGAACUGUGGUGCUAUAGCUAGAAAAAUAUAUCAAGCUACUAUCAGUUUAUGCAAGGCUUCUAAGAUGUUAACCUUACUGACUAGUUACAGAUAGAGUUUUGCUUUCAGAGAGGAUGAUUUUAGCAUUAAGAAAAUGGCUAAAAAAUCAUUAAUUUCUCAGUACUUAAAUUGGUAGGGUUAGGACUGUAUUUGAGAAGGGAAAAAAAGCCAGUUGAAAAUUUAAGGUAUGAUUUGAUUGCCUGGAAAUGUAAUGGGAGCUUAAUAAAGAGCUUAAUAAAUCAGAACAUACACACUUGUAAUAUUUUGCAAAUUGUCCUAUUAAUUUCUAGUUCAACUUAAGACUGUUGUUGAAUUUGUAUUCGCUGAAAAAAUGCAUGUGCACAUGUUAAAUUGUGGUUUGUGUCCAGUAUUUAAAAGGAAAACUGCCCCCUUGUUUUCAUAAGUAAUGGCAAUAUGUGAUAAGUUUUUCUGUUCCUCUCUAACUCAGUAAAAUACAAGGUACCUUAGUUCCUUCCAUUAAGUACCUCAAUUACUUCUUCACACUAUAAUGUAUUGACAUAAAGCCAACUUGUUUUAAUAAGUACGGAACUCAGUUCUCUGUGAAGAGGGAGUUUUUUGCAUAAAUCUUUUCCUUUGAGAGGAAUUUGGGUGUAGUUUUGCUUAUGGUCAUUUUGCUACUAAUUGAUGCCAUAAUUUUUAGUAUCCCGAAUUAAUUGCAACUAAAGAAGAAAAAUCAGUUGCUGUUUUAAUGUUAUCCAACUAAAAUCUGCAAUGUAUAAAAGAUUAGUUUGAAGUAUAAAGAAAGGUAAUAAUGUCAGAUAUACUACUGUUGUCAGGCAGGUCUUAAAAGUAUCUGAUGUAUAUUUACUUAUUUUAUUAUCUUAAGUUCUUAAUCUAUUUUCUCAAUCCUGAAGCUGCAUCCUCCUUUGAACACGUCUUGCCAGAGCAAAACAAAUAGGCCUUAAAGUAACAUAAGUUGCACCAGUGUGAAAGACUCCACAAAAAAUUGGGGUCUUCACAUAAUUUAACCCAUGUAUUUUUUGCAGCCACCAGGCAAUCAAAUUACUGAAAAAUCUUCUCAUAUUUAGUUAGCAGUUCAGUUAUAUUUUUGAAAGAUGAAAUGAUCUUUGCAUCUUUGUUAGUCAAUAUUUCAGUUGAAACCUUUUAUCUAUAUUUAAAUUAACUACUGCUCUCCUGAUUAAAUAUUCCGCAUGUCCCGUGAUAAUGAUUGAUGCUAUUCAUGCAUCUAAAAUUAUUUUCAUGUAUUGUUUCUGUGCAUUAGACUUUUUGUAUUGCUUGUAAUUGUAUAGAAUGACUUGCAGUACUUUUAUAAGUUGGAAAGGUAUGUUCUUGCCAAACAUAUUUAUCUUUAAGAUUUUGUAUUUAAAUACAAUGCCAAAAUCAAAAAUAAAAUUUGUUGUUGAUAAUGGUAGAUGAUCGCUCUUUGGAAGGAAACAGGUCUGCUUUUGUCCUGGAGCAUUACUGCAUGUGCACUUCCAGUAUGUUAUGUGGCACAUAUUUCUAAAUAAAGCUGUGUCCAGCCA